UCCUACCAUCACACACACUUAUAUUAACUAGGACUCGAUUACAGAAAAGCUUUAAAGCCAGAAUGCAGUUAAUUGAUGUGGAUCUGAAGGAACACACAGAGACGACAAAUAAUGAAGCCAAACGUCUCUCGCACUCCAUUGAGGAGAUACUGAAAAAACCUUCAGUGCUGAAAGACAAAUCAGAAAGCAAGUCGGGGCGUGGCUCCGGUCAUCGCCGGAUUCGGACCACCUUCACUGUAACUCAACUGCAGGAGCUGGAGAGAGUUUUUCAGGACACACACUAUCCAGACGUCCAGACCCGAGACCUUCUCGCCUGCCGCACACAGCUCACUGAAGCACGAGUGCAGAUCUGGUUCCAGAACCGCAGAGCGAAGUGGAGACGCAGUGAAGCUAAAGCCACUCACAGACCUUUAACAAUGACGACAGACCAGAAACACACUCCACACACACACACUGCUCCACUCUGUCUGCCGUAUUUGGGUUUUGCACAGAAGCUCUGGCUGCCGAACUCCAUCUGUCCAGCCUUCAGUUCUCCUUCAUUAACAGCAGCACAACAUUCACAUUUCUGACCGCUCAAAAACAGACACUUUCAGGCACAGUCUUGGGAAGAUACGUAUUUCUGCAUCUCUGCUGUGCUUCUGCAUCAUAACAUGUGUAAAUAAGCAUGCCUCUAUAAUGCAUUUUGUAUAUAAAAACUCCUUUAUUUUUUAUUUUAAAAACAAAAUCACAGUUGUAAACUAAUUUCCUUUAUGCUUCCAGUGUCAGGUUUACGUAAAUUAUACAAUAGUAUUUGGAUGCAGCCUUUAUGAUGCAAGCUGAGAUUGCAUCACUCAGCGAUGCAAUG